UGUACCAGGUUGCAUAGACUUGCAGUGAAUUUAAGAAUCGCUAAGCGCGACAACGCGGUGUGCGCGGCAAAAGUGCAGUGCUUUUUGAUUCGUUUAUGAAUUAAUUUUUUUGGGUGGCAUUUCUUUUUUUGGAUAUCACCGUAAACAAUGGGUUCUCUGCCACGAGUGUCUGUGGUGACGGGCAAACGGGUCCCGCUACCUGCGGCGCCGCUCACCAAGCAUCUUGAGCAUAUGGGUGGCGCUGAGAGGACAGCUCUCAUUUACUAUGAUGAAACAUGCAAUGUACGCAUGAGCUACGCGGAACUAGAAGGGCGUACAAAUGCCAUGGCGCGUGCGAUCGCUGCCCAUGCGCGUCCUACCGGUCCCAACAGGGAUCAAGACUAUGUGAUCGCUGUAUGCAUGCAACCCACACACAAUACCGUUAUAGCACUUCUGGCGAUAUGGAAGGCGGGGGCCUCCUAUGUGCCGAUGGAGCCAAGUUUCCCUCAAGGAAGAAUAUCACACAUCUUAAAAGACGCUGAACCAUCUCUUAUUAUUUACGACGAUACGGCCAAUCCCUCAAUGUUUGCUGGUAGUGGAGUGCCACCAGUGUCGUUUGAGGAGUUGUCGCUAGAAGCUAGUGCGCUGCCAGCUGACAGGCCAAAUGAUGACGAAAUAUUGGUGCAAGCUGAUGCCGACUCAAUUGCUAUUGUUCUUUAUACAUCUGGAAGUACUGGAAUACCAAAAGGAGUUCGACUGCCCUACUCGGCAAUCUGUAAUCGCCUCUGGUGGCAAUUCCAUACAUUUCCAUAUAGAGACACCGAAACAGUCUGCGUUUGGAAGACGGCUUUGACGUUUGUGGAUUCUGUAUGCGAGAUUUGGGGACCGUUGUUGCACGGUCGAUCACUCUUGAUACUGUCAAGGGAGACGACUAGAGAUCCCCAGAAACUAGUGCGAGUUUUUGCUGAAUAUCAGAUUCAACGUCUAGUCCUCGUGCCAACUCUUCUCCGUUCGAUUCUUAUGUACUUGUCUCUGAACCCCUCUGAAAGACCCCUUCAGCAUCUCAAGCUCUGGGUCUGCUCAGGAGAAACUCUGAGCAAGGAACUCGCUUCACAGUUCUUCCAAUAUUUUGGCGGUCAGAACGACUACAAACUUGCCAACUUUUAUGGCAGUACUGAAGUUAUGGGAGAUGUAACAUACUAUGUGCUAGAGAAAGCUGGUCAACUGGACAUGUUCCCGACUAUUCCGAUAGGUGCUCCACUUGAUAACUGUGCUGUUUAUCUCCUGGAUGAAGAAAUGAACCCUUCACGAGAAGAAGAACCGGGUGAAGUUUGGGUAUCGGGAAGAAACCUUGCGAAAGGCUAUGUGGGAGGACAGGGAUCUGAUAAAUUCUGCGAUAACCCAUAUGCUGCACAUCCUGACUUUGGCCGUCUUUACCGCACUGGAGACUUUGGCAUCCUUCACAAGGGUCUGAUCUUGUUCGCUGGUAGAACAGACUCGCAGGUGAAGAUCAGAGGGCAUAGAGUGGACCUUCAGGAGGUUGAACGCGCUGUCAGCUCCAUCCAGGGUGUUGAUAAAGCUGUUGUCCUUUGCUACGGAUUAACAUCUGGCAACCCUGAAAUCUUGGCUUUUGUGACCGUGAAACCGGAUGCAAGACUCUCCGGACAUCAUAUUGAAACCGCUUUGAAAAAUUCACUCACAAACUAUAUGAUACCACAGGUAAUUGUCAUAGACAAGGUCCCUCUACUCGUUAACGGUAAAGUCGAUCGUCAGGGACUACUGAAAAUGUACGAGAACACCAACAACAACGAUGACACAUCCAUUCCUCUGGAAAUUGACUACACAGGAGUUAACCCAAACGACAUGGAAGUAGCGAGGGUUUUAUUUGAGACCGUUGGUGAGGUCCUCGGCAGAUCUGCCAGAGGAGCCAUAUCUAUAAGAGCUGGAUUCUAUGAAUUGGGUGGAAAUUCUCUCAACUCAAUAUACACAAUAACCAGAUUAAGAGACAAGGGAUAUUUCAUCGAAAUAAGCGACUUCCUGGAAGCGAACAACUUGGGCGAGGUCCUUUCACAUCUGACGACCGACGCUGACAACUCGCAGGAUGGCGACGGGAAGCAGUUCACGAUCCGGCCAAUGAGGAACGAACACAAGGAACGCGUUAUCGAGAUGAUAGUGUCUUCGUUCUACGAAAAGGCAGAGCUGGAGCAGUUCGUCCGACACGAGAUAUCCCGCGGGGACUACGCGCUGUGCGUCGGCGCGUGCUGGGCGCCGCUCCUGGCCGCCGGCCUCAGUCUCGUGCUGGAAGACGAGUCCAGCAAACCGGUGGCGGUCGCGCUGAACUUCGACGCGCGCGACGAGCCCGACAUCGAGCUCGGCGGCGGACUUGCCAAGAUCAUGACGUUCCUCGAAUACGUCGAAGGCUCCGUCAGGGAUACCAUGCUGCCUGAGGGAAAAGGUACGAUCCUCCACUCGUUCAUGAUGGCGACGGGCGCGGAGCUGUCGGCGCGCGAGAACGUGUCCGCCAUCCGCGCGCUGGAGCUCGGCACGGAGCGCGUCGCGCGCGAGCGCCGCUUCCGGGGCGUCUUCACCACCAACACCAGCCCGCUCACACAGCAAUUAGGUACCGAUGUCCUCGGCUUCCAAACACUUCUGGAUUACCAAAUAAACCAGUACGUUGACUCGAACGGAGAAAGGACCUUCGGAAAAGCCCCGGAUGACAUGCGUGCCAUCGUUUGUUGGAAACCAGUAGAUUAAAUACAUGUAUUUAAUGAAAUUAUACAAAUUUAAAACAUUAUAACCUUCGAAAUAUACAUUCCAGUUUUUAAAAAUAGAGUAGAAGAAGCGUAUAUUUUUCUAAAGUAACAAAGCUAGUGCUUUAAAUUGUAUUUUAGUAAUCUGUAUAAUAUGAAACUUAGCUCACGACUCUACUCCAACAACAAUAUGUUUGAAAUAUCAAUGGCAACCCACGCAAUUUAAAAAAAAAAUUAAGCUGCACCAAAAAUGAAAUGUAAAAUAUAAUAAUGACCUCAUGAAUUCAAUUUACAUUCUAUCUUUCAAACAAUAAUAGUUCUACUCUAAAACCAGUUGCAUUAACACAAUUUUAAUAAUUACGUAAAUAAAUAAAACCUCAAAAUUGUGAUAAAUUAUUAUGUCUUUAGAUCUAGUACAAAGUAGUGUAUACUUCUUAAUUUUAAGACUUAGUUUUGUCGUUUAAUUUAAUUGAUACGAUAAAAUAAACAUACCAUGUAAAUUUUGGUCAGUACGAUUGAAAUUAUAAACAUAUAUUUAUGUAAUAAAUAUAUAAAGUGACUGAUCAAACUAUUAUAAUCCACAGAUGCGUAAUAUAAUUUUAUUAUAUGCAUACAUUAUUAUAAUAAUUAUCUGUGUAAUCCACGGAUAUUCUAUAAACCUUUAUUUUAUUUGACAGUAAUAAUGUUGCCAUGCUUAUUUAUCGUGUUACUUUAUCAAAAAGGUAUGAAUUUAUAUUUUAAAUUCAACAUUAACGAUUUUACAUUUUCAUAUCGUCUGACACAGCAAUUUCGUUAGCAGCAUUUUUACUGAUCAAUUCGUAUUUUAAUUAUAAUAUUGCAUAUUCAUAUUCCUUGUGUAGUAUUUUUGAUCAGUUAACUUUUAAAGCUAUGAUUAAUUUUACUGUGAUUAUUAUAUGUUUAAGGUACACGUGAAUUAAUUAGAAUUAUUAGUAUAGUUACAAUCUUUGCUUGCCUAAUACUUGUUAGAUGAGAUCUCUUUAUCCAAGACAAAGUUUUGCCGAAGAUGUGAAAAAUAUAUUAAAAAUUUAAAUGUAUUUUAAUUAAUUUCAGUGUAAUUGUUAUUAAAAUAAAAUUUUAAAACUUU